ACACAGCAUUGCAUUACUUGGCAGACGAUGAUUUGACUGGCAUCUGGUUCUGCACAGAGAGACGCCAAAUAUUCUAUCAACUAUUGGGCAAUUACAGAUGCAGGGAGGACAUCAAUUUACCUAACAAAGCAGGCAAAACGGUGGCGGAACUGAUCCUGGAUGAUAAUGGACGCAUGGAAUCUGAUAAAGACAGAUGGUGUGAUUUCAUGAAGGGCGUUGAACUUACGGCUACAGAUGGAAAGGGGAGAACGGCGAGGGAGGUCGCGGUAGAGGGCGAAUUGAACAAGAGGGACUUCUAUCACGCAAUAGAUGAACUCGAGAGGGGCGAAGCAGAGGCAUGAAAGAAAGUUGCUACUAUAGAUAUUGACUCUCCAUCUCAGUAUCAGUGCAUCUAGCCGACCCCAUUGGGAAAAAUGAAGUCAGGAAGCAUCUUGCAAUAGGGAGAAUACCGACUGGCAAUAA